GUGACUUGCAGUGCAUUCAAAUGUCUCACAUUCACAUUAGCACCGACUGUUCUGCAUUAAUACCUCCCUAAUGAUAAACAUACACACAAAACUGUGCAUGUGCAACAUCAUCAUCGACCACUAUAGUCGGCGGUCUGCUGUUACGUCAUUUCCUGUACUUCACACACUGCUUGUACAUCGUUUGAAAUGCGUUUCAAACAUUUAUUUUUGUAAAAAAAAACUAUUUGAUCUAACUAAAUAAACAUGAGCAAAGCACAUCUACCCGAGCUGAAAAAGUAAGUACAUCGAACCUUUUCUUAAUUGCAGUGAUAAGCCACUUAGAAACGUGAUUUAUUUGAAGAGCAUUAUGCUCUAGUGACCGGUUUUACUACAGUUAUCUCAUAACAGCAGCCUUUUAUUUUUAAUUUAAUUUUAUUGUUUCAUUGCUAUUUCAAAUGAUCAGAUUGCAGUAUUAAAUCAUUAAUAAUAUAACCGCUGUUGUUCUUGCCUUUAGAUUUAUGGAUAAGAAGCUUUCACGUGAGUAUAAUACAUUUAUAAAUUAAAAUUUCCCAAAUUCUAGAUUUCAUAAACUAAUUUCUUGUUCAUUUCUUUAAUAUUUGUAGUGUAGCGUAAAUAUAUCAGUUAAAGCUUUUUUGUACUAGUUAAUCGUAAGAAUUAAACAGCACUACAGCAAGCAAAAGCAAAUAAUUUGAUCAAUAUAUUUAUCUCAAAAUAUUCUUUAUCUAGGACAUAAACUGUGCAAAGUCAGAAUACUGUAGCAAUGUUAUCUAGAGAUAAAAACAUUUGUUGUGUUCAGAAUAACUGUAACUGUUCUUGCUGACUGUCUGUUUACUGAAUAUUCUAAAAAAGAAUGGCCUCUUUGUACAUUCCAAAUUUUAACAGCUUGAAAAAGCUACUGAUUUUGUUUUUUGUUCCAUUUUUAGUAAAGCUGAACGGUGGUCGUCAUGUUCAGGGCGUCUUGCGUGGAUUUGACCCGUUCAUGAAUCUGGUAGUGGAUGACUGUAUUGAAAUGGCUCCAGGAGGUCAAAUGAACACUGUUGGGAUGGUGGUUAUCAGAGGAAACAGUAUAAUUAUGUUGGAGGCUCUUGAACGAGUGUUCACCAGAUUACCAGUUUCUUGCUGUUUUGUAUUUUGCUUUUUGUAUCAAAACCAGCAAAUGUCAAAAUGGGUUUCUCAUGUAUUGUCUUUUUGCAACAAAAGUUGACUUUUAAUACAGAAAUCCUUAAUUGAGUUGGGAACAGUUCUGUUUUUUGAACACUUGUUUUUUAUAUAUAUAUUUAUAUAUUUUCUUAUGCCUGUAGAAAAUUGUGUACACAUUUCAUAAAGC